ACAGGACAAGUUUGCGUGGCAAACAACGUCAAACUCGUUGCUUUAAAUCUUAAAGUUUGAAUAAUCAAUAUACUUGGUUACAUUGAAAUAAAAAAAAAAAUAAAGUUAUAAACGUCAAACAAAAAAAAAAAAUUGAAGAAUAAAAAAAAACGAAUAAUAUUUGAAUAAAACAGUAUCUUGCAGGUCGUUGCUACAACAAUGACUAAUAAAAGUGAAAUAAAUAUAUCAGAAUAUUUAAAAACAGUUGAAUGUUAUUUUUGUAGUGAUACAUUUAAUGAAAAUGAAUUUAUUGAACAUAUACGUUUAUGUGGUUCUGUAUUAGAAUCAUGUCCACAAAAAUGUGGUGCUUAUGUGCCACGUAAAAGUUUAAAAAUUCAUAAACGUUUUUGUUUAAAACGUGUACGUUUUGAUGAAAAUAAUUUAACAUCAACAAAAUUAAUCAACGAUAAUAAUACAAUUGAAAAUAAAGAUUUAAAUAAUUGGCAUGAUUAUGUAACAUCAAUGCUUGAUAUGCUUAAAAAUUCAAUUAAAAAUUAUGAAUAUGAGCAUAAUGAAUUGAUAAAAAAUUCAUGUAAAACAUUAAAAAAAAUUGAUGAAAUUGAUGGUAUUACUAAAAAUAUUAAAUUAACAAUAUUUGGUGAUUCAGAGGCAAUACGUCAACGUUUUUUAUAUUAUGAUAAACAACUUAAAUAUAUUGAUGAUAAUAUUGUUGACGUGGACACUAAAACACGUGAUAGUUUUGAUAAUGUUGCUUAUCGAAUGGAUGUCAUACAUGGUUCAAUAAUAAAUGAAAAAAAUAAACAAAAUAUUGUAUUAAAUAAAUUUGAAAAUGAUAUAAAAGAAUUAAAAAAUUUUUUUAACAAUGAUAAUAAUAUAUUUGAUGAAUAUAAAAUACAAUUAAAUGAUAUUAAACUUGAGCUUGAAAUGCGUUGUAAAAAACAAAAUAUAAUUGAUGAUAAAUAUGAUAUAAUAUCAGAAAAAAUUGAUAUUAUUGUUGAUGAAUUAAAAAAAAAUUCUGAAAUAAUUAUUAAACAAGAAAAAAAAACAAAAAUAAUAAAAGGACAAAUGAAAGAAAUGAUUAAAUGUCUUGAAGAAUUUAUCAUGAAAAAUAAUGCAACAUUAAAUAAUAAUAAUUUAAUAAAAUGUAAUUGUGGUGAAUUUAUAAUGAAUAAUAUAUCAUCAAUAAAUGGAAGAUUAAUAUGGCGUAUUGAUAGAUAUAAAGAAAAAAUGACAAUAUCUAAAGAAACAAAUGAAGCAUUAUUAAGUCCAAUUUUUUAUAAUAAAGAAUAUGGUUAUGCAUUACAAAUGGAAUUAUAUUUAAAUGGUAGAGAUAGAUGGAAAGAUCGUAAUAUUAUUGGUUGUUUAAAAGUCAUUGAUGGACCAUGGGAUCCAUUAUUAGAUUGGCCAUGUAUUUUACGUGCAACUGUUACACUACGUGAUCAAGAUAAUCCAGCAAAUAAUAUUAAAAAAAUUAUUAAAACAAAAGCUAAAAUUAAUAAUAUAAAUAAUAAUUCAAUUGAUUAUGAUUCAACAAUUGAUAUGUUUAUACCACAUACAAAUAUAACACGUUAUGAUGGUUUUACUAAAAAUAAUAUUAUAUUUUUUGAUAUACAAGUUACUGAACUUCGUAGUAGUUGUUCAUCUUCAUCUCUUAUUCUUUAAAUUCAAAAUUUUAUUAGUAUUAUAUUUAUUUUU